AUCCAGGAUACACACAUCAAAAUAUUCAACUACUGGCUUAGGAGGAUAAUGCAUAUCUGAAAAUCAUGCAUUGUUUUGAUAAAGUUAUCGAUCUGCGUCUUUUUGGAUCAAGCAAAUCACCAAGACUUUUAUGUGUCGACUUCAAAAAAACGUUCUCUAUCGUGCACACAGAUCCGAAAGCUAGCAAGGAUCCGCAAUAUUUUGUAAGAAAAAACAUUCUAGUUGAAUCAGAUCGGUACCAGUUAGGUGUUCAUAGCAUUUCAAGAGUCGGUUUUGUGGGUUUGUCCAGGCCACUGUACCUUACCCUUUCCGAUGUCAAGUGGAUUGUGUUCCUUCAGAAAUCUGUUUCUGAUGACAACAAAAUGUUGCUUUCACAAGCUGUUGAUAUCUUCCAUAACUUCUUCAAACAUAUUGAUUGUCAACUUUUCUUCAACUGUUUCGAGAAGCUUCUUCCAUAUUGAAGGUUAAGAAGAUGUUCGUUCCUGUUGCUGAGGAUGUUAAAUCCAUGUAGAUUCUGAAAUUUGGUUUUGAUAAAGUUACCCUCAACUUGGGUAUUACACUACUAGAAAAAUGUUAA